AGGUGGAACCUGGUAAAACAAAGUGCUAGGCCUUGCCUAGGAAGGGUUCCCAGAGUGAGAGGGCCACAUGGCUGGCUACAAUCCAAGGCCUUGGGGCACUGCCCCCACUGAGAGCUACAGACAAACUGGUGGUGUGAAACCCAUGACCAUAGUUGGGAGAGUGCAAUGGGAGAGGGAAAGAUUAAAUGAAAUGACUCAAGAGGAACGAGAAUGGCGAAAGAAAUGGUUAAAAGAUCAAGAGCUGUCUCACCGAGAGCCCCGUUUUGUGCCUGAAUACUACAAGGCUACCAUGAACCCCAUCAGAAGACUCUAUCGUCUUCCACUUGACUUUGUCUUCAAGAAACUGGAACCAACACUUGGUGUUGAGAGAGCAUUUUGGGCAAGGUAUUGGACAGGAAAAGCCUUCAUUGGAACAGCUGUCCUGCUUUGGGGAUGGUACUACUUCAAGUACAACACCAGGACAUGGAUGACCCACUCUGGCUGGAAGGUGCGGAAAUCAGACCCCAUCAUUCUUCCAGGAGACCCAAGGUAUCCCAAAGUGUUUGAGCACAAGCCACAAGACUAUCAUGAUCUGGGAUUCCAGGAAUUUGCAAAAAAGAAUUCAUGGGCAAUAGACAAAAGGACAGGCUUUUAGCCUGCAGUUUUCUAGUUCUCCUUCUCAUAUUGUGAUGAGUAAUGUAGGCAUGCCUAGGAAUGGUUGAUUGUAUUACCAGUAUGUAAAUUGUUCAGUGUUCCUGUUUUUGCUUAAAUGAAAUAAAAUAUUGAAUAGCACUAGA